AUGUCCGGCAAAAAGAUAGGGCAGCCUACAAAGGUCUCAACGAGUGCCAAGCUUGAGAAAAUCAAUUCUUUCUGGUCGCCUAAAUUGAUUGGUUCCCUCAACAAUGCAUAUGAAAUAAAACUUGCUAAACUGUCGGGAGAGUUUGUCUGGCACAGUCACCUUGACACUGAUGAAUUAUUUUUUGUCUUGGCAGGAAAAUUGACGAUACGUUUCCGAGAACCUGGGGCAAACGAAGAGCUUGAAGAUGUCAAGUUAGUCGCUGGGGAGCUGCUCAUUAUUCCAAAGGGCGUCAGACAUUGCCCUGUCACAGAGGAUGGAGAAGUCUCUGUUUUGUUAAUGGAGCCGAGCGGUGUCAUCAACACAGGUGAUGCGGGCGUAGUUGAAGGCCUUACAAAUGCUGUGGAAGAUUAUCGGCAGUGA